AUGGCGAAGCUGAUCUAUGCUUUGAUCAUUCUCUUGCUUGUUUUAGCAACACCAGCAAUGGGCAAGCCUUCUUGUGAAACAGUUUCGAAAAGGCUAGCACCUUGUCUUUCGUACAUUCAAGGGAGAUAUCAUUCGAUCAAGCCAUCAGGCAGAUGCUGCAGAGGACUGAUAGAUAUAAGUAACAUGAUGAAAAAUCGCGGGGAUUAUUCUACAGUUUGCAAGUGUAUAAAGAAGGCACUUUUACACACGAAUUAUGAUCCCAAACGUUUCCAAACUGGCUCACAACAAUGUAACACAGGGUAUACUCUGCCUCCUGUUGGCCAUACCACUACUUGUUAG